UUAUGGGAAACCACUAUGUCUCUUAUUUAAGCAGAAAAGAGAAGCAGAAUUAAACUAGAAAAUGCACAUCCUGUUGCAGCCAAUAAAACCUUUCCUCCAGUCCUCCUGAAAGGGCUAAGUGAUCUCAAGGUAAUGGAUGGAAGCCAAGUGAUUAUGACAGUAGAAGUUUCAGCUAAUCCACCUCCUGAAAUAAUUUGGCUUCACAAUAGUAAAGAAAUCCAGGAAACAGAGGAUUUUCACUUUGAGAAGAAGGGCAAUGUGUAUCGCCUCUGUAUCCAAGAGGUAUUUCCUGAGGACACAGGAGAAUACACCUGUGAGGCCUGGAAUGACUUGGGAGGAAUUCAUACUGAAGCAACCCUGACUGUACAAGAACCUCAGGAUGGUAUUCAGCCAUGGUUUAUUAGCAAACCACAAUCAGUGAGAGCAGUAGUGGGGCAGAAUGUCAUUAUUUCUUGUGCCAUUGCUGGAGAUCCAUUCCCCACAGUUCAUUGGUUCAAAGAUGGAGGGGAAAUAACAACAGAAGCGGGCUAUGAAUUCCUACAAAAUGAAGACAUCUUUACCUUGAUUAUAAGAAAUAUUGAACCUUGUCAUGCUGGCCAGUAUGAAAUACAACUCAGAAACCCAGUUGGAGAAUGCAACUGUCAGGUAUCUUUGAUGCUGAGAGAAAGUUCAUUUUCCAAAGAAGGAAUGCAAAAAAAUGGGAGGCAGAAAGUACGACAAGAGGCUGAUUGUGGAGAGGAUGCACUGACAUUCAGAAACAUCAGUGGCUCCUUCAGGAGGAAUACUGGGGAAGGCCAGCAAGUAGAGGAAGAGCAGGAGAGUGUCCGUGGAGUGCUUAAAAGACGUGUAGAAACCCGAGAGAGCACAGAGGAGAAGCUAAGGCAACAGGAGGCUGAGCAGAUUGACUUCCGGGACAUUCUGGCAAAGAAAGUGAACACCAAAACUUUUUCUGAGGAGGAGUUGAAGGAAAUCCCAACCAAACAAAUGGACUUCCGUGGUACCCUGCAACGGCAGGUCAAGCCGAAAACCUUGUCAGAAGAAGAAAGGAAGGUCCAUGCUCCACAGCAGGUAGACUUUCGUGGAGUAUUGGCAAAAAAGGGCACCCCCAAACCUUCCUUACCAGAAAAGGCAGCAGGUUCAAAGCCAAAGCCAAGCACCCCAGAUUUUAGAUCUGUGCUUGCUGCAAAGAAAAAAACACCAACAGAGAAUGGUGGCCCUGGGACUCAAGUCCAGAAUGUGAAUGCCAACCCUGAAGUGCAGAAAUCUAGUGCCAGCAAUAAAGUGCCAGACAUCAGCAUCCCCUCUAAAAAUCCUGUGACAUCCAAGAAGUUGAACGCUGUCAAUGCUACUUCGAAACUACCAGAGACCAACACCGUUCCAGAAUCCCAGGAUAUCAACUCUAGAUAUAAAAUACAGAAUGCUAUCACCAAGAAUGAAAACCAAGUUACUAAUUCCAGCUCAAGGGAGAAAGAGAAUAAGAAUGACAGUAAUUGCAAAGGUGAUUGCCCACCAGCAGUAGAUGGACGGAUAACCAAAGAUAAAGAAAAAGAUAACAAAAUAGAGCCUGAGGGAAUAGCACCUUCCUUUACCGAAACGCUACAGGAUACCAAAGUAGUAGAAGGUGAAAAAUUGGUCUUGCAAUGUCAGGUUUCCUCAGAGCCACCUGCUACUAUCAUCUGGACCCUGGAUGGCAAAGUCAUCAAAUCAUCAAAGUUUAUUGUUCUCUCCCGAGAAGGCUCACUGUGCUCACUGACCAUUGACAAGGCCUUUCCUGAGGAUGAAGGCCAAUACAAAUGCAUAGCUGAAAAUACUGCAGGAAAAUCAGAAUGCAUUUGCAGCGUGCUGGUGAAAGAGUCUUUAAAGUCAACGGAAAAGAAGACCAAAAACCCAAAGACUUCACUGGGUUCUGUGCAUGGAACAGAAAGUGAGGCAACUGUAAAGAAGAAACCAGCUCCAAAGACCCCACCCAAAGCAGCUGUUCCUCCUCAGAUUGUUCAGUUCCCAGAAGAUCAGAAAGUAAGGUCUGGUGAAUCGGUAGAGCUGCUGUGCAAAGUAGCAGGAACCCUACCUUUAACGUGUACCUGGAUGAAAUUUCGGAAGCAGCUCCAAGAAAAUGAACACAUCAAAAUUGAGAAUGCUGAGAAUAGCAGUAAGCUAACCAUCUCCUCCACAAAGCAGGAACAUUGUGGAUGUUAUACUUUAUUAGUGGAAAAUAAGCUGGGUAGUAAGCAAGCCCAAGUUAACCUUACAGUUGUAGAUAAGCCUGAUCCUCCAGCAGGAACACCCUGUGCAUCCGACAUUCGGAGUAAUUCCCUCAUCCUUUCAUGGUAUGGCUCCUCGUAUGAUGGUGGGAGUGCGGUGCAGUCCUACAGUGUGGAAAUAUGGGACACAGUGGACAAGAAAUGGACAGAUCUCACCACUUGCCGCAGCACUUCAUACAAUGUCCAAAAUCUUCUAGCUGACCGGGAGUACAAAUUCAGGGUGCGAGCUGCUAAUGUGUAUGGGAUCAGUGAGCCAAGUCAGGAAUCUGUGCUAGUAAAAGUAGGAGAGAAAGAAGAAGGCCCUAAAGAAGAGGAAGAAGCUGAAGGAUCUGAUGAUGAAGAGAAAGGAACAGAAAUGGAUUAUCGGACAGUGUCUAUCAAUACACAACAAAAAGUUUCAGAAUUCUACCAUGUUGAAGAAAGAUUGGGAUCAGGGAAAUUUGGACAGGUUUUCCGGCUUGUUGAGAAAAAAACUGGAAAAGUUUGGGCAGGAAAAUUUUUUAAAGCAUAUUCAGCUAAGGAUAAAGAAAACAUAAGGCAAGAGAUCAGCAUAAUGAACUGUUUGCAUCAUCGAAAGCUUGUCCAAUUGGUAGAUGCUUUUGAAGAGAAAGCUAACAUUGUCAUGGUAUUGGAACUUGUUUCUGGAGGAGAGCUCUUCGAAAGAAUCAUUGAUGAGGACUUUGAACUGACCGAGAGAGAAUGCAUUAAAUACAUGAAACAGAUCUCAGAAGGUGUACAAUUCAUUCAUAAACAAGCCAUUGUCCAUUUGGACUUGAAACCUGAAAAUAUUAUGUGUGUCAACAAAACCGGUACAAGAAUCAAGCUGAUUGAUUUUGGACUUGCACGAAGAUUAGAAAAUGCAGGUUCUCUGAAGGUCCUCUUUGGAACACCAGAAUUUGUGGCUCCAGAAGUUAUAAAUUACGAACCUAUUGGGUAUGCUACUGACAUGUGGAGCAUAGGAGUCAUCUGCUACAUCUUGGUCAGUGGACUUUCCCCUUUCAUGGGUGAUAAUGACAAUGAAACUUUAGCCAAUGUUACCUCAGCCACCUGGGACUUUGAUGACGAAGCUUUUGAUGAGAUAUCAGAUGAUGCUAAAGACUUCAUAAGCAACCUUCUAAAGAAAGAUAUGAAGGACCGCUUGAAUUGUACUCAGUGCUUACAGCAUCCAUGGCUACAAAAAGACACCAAACACAUGGAAGCCAAAAAACUCUCCAAAGAUAGGAUGAAAAAAUACAUGGCUAGAAGAAAAUGGCAGAAAACGGGGAAUGCUGUUCGUGCCAUAGGAAGACUGUCUUCUAUGGCAAUGAUUUCUGGCCUGAGUGGACGGAAGUCCUCUUCAAGUUCACCAACCAGCCCUGUUAAUGCAGAGAUUGAAGUUGGAGAUGAAACAGCCAGCUCUCUCUUAGAAGCAGUUGAUGAAGAAAAGUCUCAUGUGAAGCCCUAUUUCACUAAAACAAUUCAAGAUAUAGAAGUUGUGGAAGGCAGUGCUGCUAGAUUUGACUGUAAAAUUGAAGGUUACCCUGACCCAGAAGUGAUUUGGUACAAAGAUGAGAAUUCUAUCAAGGAAUCCCGACACUUCCAGAUUGAUUAUGAUGAAGACGGCAACUGCUCUUUGACUAUUUCUGAAGUUUGUGGGGAUGACGAUGCCAAAUAUACUUGCAAGGCAAUUAACUGUUUGGGAGAAUCAACUUGUACAGCAGAACUUAUUGUGGAAACGAUGGGGCAAGAGGAAGAGGAAGAAGAAGAAUGAAUCAACAGAAGAGGAGAAAAAUCACUCAGUUGAAGACUCUUUAAUGCUCAUGUAGUGUGACAUUAGGUCAUAUUUUCUUGAUUUGUUUCAUCAGCAGUGUGACUGACACCUGUUUGUUUUAUUUAUGGGCAUUAACUUGAAUUAACAAGCACUUUAGUUGGCUGUUGUGCUUGGAUUUAGUUUAAGUUAAAGCAUCAGUUGCAUAGCCCAACAACGAAUGUGAACAUACCAUAUGAAGCUAAUCUUCUAGAAUCAACCAUUUCUUUUGUAAACAUAUGAUCAGGAGAGGGGAACUGGAUAAGUAUACUAAUUGUUCCAUCAAGCGAUACAGCUAGCAAAAGUGCAUCUUUGGUGUUCUGUGACACCCUUGAUGUAGGUAUGAAUGAAGUACAUUUGGAGCAGUAAAAAUUUACCUGCAAGGGGCCUACUGGAAGUACAAGAGUCACACACACAAAGUUUCCUGAUGGGAUGUACCCUUGGACUCUAAUUGGCUUCUCUUAUCAAACAGACACUAAAUAUAGAUAAUUAUAAUCUCAAAGGCAUCUUUGCAACAGGUUACCAUGUUCAAUUUUUGUUUUUUUCCACACCAGUGGCAUCCCGUUAAAAGUAUUUUGUGUCUUUCUUAACUUUCCCCUUGAGUGUUAUUUGUAAAUUCAACUCAGAAAACCUCCAUUUUAAAGUAAAUUAUUACAGUUUCCCCUGAAAUAAAACUAAUAACAGUUUUGAGUCUGGGCAGAACAGCUUGACAAUUCAGCAGAUAAAUGUAAUUAUCCUGUUUAGAAAAUGAAAGAGUUUCCCUAUUUUUCUUUGCAGCAGUGGAUUUUCUUAGUGGGUUGUAUGCUAUUGUGAUCAUCAUGGUAACAGUAAGAGCAAAAAUGAAAGAAUAAGAAAAAGCUGCAGGUACAAUUUGCAACCAAGUUGGUUAACACACUUGGUGUGUUGGCUAAAAUCCUACAUUAACCCUGCUGUGGUGAAAGAUGAAUCUAUUGUCAUGCCAGGUUGCCUCACCAUAAGCUCAUUUGGUACUGAAUGGCUUUUUUUUUGAAGGACAGAAAGAAAUCAUAAUUAAUACUCUUUGUCCUGAUUGCAGAUUUCUAUUUGCAGCACUAAUCUGAAUACCAAAAGGAAAAUAUGUCACUUUAUCAGAACAAAGUAAAAGGUUGCGGUUUUGACAUGUAGACUUGUAUAUUGUGAAACAUCAAUGCCUGUGUUCUGCAACUCAGGUUUAUUUGUAUCAUUACUUUGUUCUUAUAAGAAAUAGUUGCUAGAAACUGGAUAGUCAGAAAGAAGAGUUAGAUUACAAGGUUCUCUACUGGUUCCAACAAACACAAACUCAAUAUUUAUGAAGUUGAUGACUUCCUGGUAAACAAAUACAUGCAAACAGAGAGACCUGAUGGCUAAAACAUACGUACCUUCUUCUAAACUGAUUAACACAUUCAGAUUUUUCCGUGUUGCUUUCCUUUCACAGUUAGCUGUCAUUCAGAACACCUAACAUUACCUGUCUACACUUAAUGCAUCAUUCCAACUGUGAGGCUUUUCUCCACUUCUUUGUGCAAGAUGCAAAUAUUUUCAGCAUAACCGUUGGCUUCAUUAAAGAACACAGAGAACAAAUUUUGCAGUAGCUUCUCAAGACAGAAGAGGAAAAUUAAGUAUACUUCAAUAUAGAUACAUACAGUAUCUUUAGAACGUUUGAUUUUAUUACGGUGGUCUUACAUGUUCUGUAUUUGCUUGUCUGCCUGUUGGAAUGCAGAUAUUCAGAAUUCCAUUUAUGAUAUUUGCUCACAUUUGCUGUGGGUUUUUUUUAUUACUGCUUUCGCUGUUUCUUAGUUGAGGUUAUCAGCAUGUCCUCUUUUUAAGUGGAUGAGAAACUUCUGUUAUAAUAAAGCACAGUCAUUGCCAGUUUGCCACACAUUUGUUAUAAGGCAAUUUUAAUAUUAUUUAGUGCAUACAAGGCAUUUUUUUCACAUGUUUUCAAUGUGUUAAGAAAACAAUAGGGUGUAUUUUUGUAUAUCUUAAUUAAAAAAAUAUACUAAUGUUUUCUGGUGUCUUAAACAGAGGGAAUAUUUGAGAACACUACAGCUGUAGUUACUCACAGUUUCUCAAUAAAUACAUAUCACAAAGCA